AAACUCUAAAACACUUUUUCUCUAGCUCUCUCCUACAAAAGAGAAGUAAAAAAAAAAAAAAAAAAUCUUUUAUUUUUACAUCAGAAGCCAAACAAAUAAGAGACUUUUGUUGUGGCUGUCUUUGCUUAUUAAGCCAGACUCUCUCUAGAAACAAAAAAAUAAGUGAGCUGGGCAAAAAAAAAAAACUAUCCCAAAAGCAACCAACACAUUUCUCUGUCUCUCUUUCUCUCUCUCUCACUCACUCUCUCUUUUGUGUCCAUGGACUUGCAACUGAAACAAUGGAGAAGUCAGCAGCAGAAUGAGUCAGAAGAACAAGGCUCUGCAACUAAGAUAUCAAACUUUUUUUUUGAUCAGAUUCAGUCCCAAACUGCAGCAACUUCUGCUGCUGCUGCUGCUGCUGCUGCGGCUCCUCUUCCUCUCUUUGUCCCUGAACCCACAUCUUCCUCUUCUUUCUCAUGCUUCUCUCCUGACUCUUCCUCUUCUUCUUCCAAGUUCCUCAAGAUAGGAAACUUGUUCAGCUGGACACAGUGGCAAGAACUUGAGCUACAAGCACUGAUCUACAGAUACAUGUUGGCUGGUGCUUCUGUUCCUCAAGAACUCCUCUUACCCAUCAAGAAAAGUCUCAUCCAUCAGUCCCCUAUGCAUUUCCUUCACCAUCCUCUUCAACAUAGUUUUCCUCAUCAACAACCUUCUUGGUAUUGGGGAAGAGGAGCAAUGGAUCCUGAGCCAGGGAGGUGCAAGAGAACAGACGGCAAGAAAUGGAGAUGUUCGAGGGAUGUUGUAGCCGGUCACAAGUAUUGCGACCGCCACAUCCACCGUGGAAGAAACCGUUCAAGAAAGCCUGUGGAAACCGCCACAACCACCACUACAACAACAACAGCCACAACCGCCGCACCGUCUUUUGUCUUAGGGGAGGAGCUUAGUCAUGGUCAUGGUCAUGGACCAAACAACAACCACUUCUUCUCUUCUGGUUCAUCUCAACAUCUCCAACUUAAUCAUCAACAAAGUUGUUCUUCAGAGAUGAAACAAGAAAGCAAUAACAACAGUAACAAUCACAAGAGGCCAUAUGAAGCUCACAAUGGAUUCAGCAAUGGAAGAUCAGACGAUGGUCACAUCUUGAGGCAUUUCUUUGACGAUUGGCCACGGUCAUCUGACUCUGCCUCCAGUCCAAUGAGCUCAUCAAAUUGUCAUCUUUCAAUCUCCAUGCCUGGUAACGGUAACACUCCUUCAGAUGUUUCUUUAAAACUUUCCACAGGCAAUGAAGAAGAAGAAGAGAACAUGAGAAACAACAACAACAACAACAGUGAGAGGGAGCAGUUGAAUUGGUGGAGCAAUGGAGGGAACCAUCAUAACAAUAUGGGUGGACCAUUAGCUGAGGCCUUGAGGUCAGCCUCGUCGACUCCAGGUGUUCUUCAUCAGAUGGGCAUCUCUACUCAAGUCUUUCAUUGAAGAAAAUAUGUAAUCUUUUGUUGCCUACUCUAUGAAUUGUUGUGUUCUUCUUUUUUUUUUUUUGGAUUGGAUUUGUGUCAAAGUUCCUGUUUUGUUUUCCUAGUUUGCUAAUAUAUUUAUGUCUGAAGUUUAAGAAUUUGUAUAAGUAAUGAAACUUGUUUCACAAUCAAAUUA